AUGGCUUGUUCAGUACUAGUAUGGGAGGGUGGAGGAAAUUCUGAAGAGAUUAGAGAAGAAGAUGCUGAAGCUUCUGUCUGGAGUAACAGCAGUGCUCUAGCUGUAGACGCCAGACGGGCUGUUCGCUGCGGAGCCAGGCUGGUCCGAAUGCAAUGGCGGAGAGCUGAUGGAAACACCGCUGCUUGGAGAGAUGCAGACCUUACUUCAUUACAUCAUCAUCGAGAAGUUCUCGUUGGGGACCUGUCAGCUGGUACAUGGUACGCACUCAGGCUAUGGACAGCUACAGAGACAGCUCGACAUCAAGCUGUUAUAUAUGCAGCGACUACGACACAUUCUGGAGAGCGCUUACGCAGACCAGUGGCGUUCCAUUCUGAUGGUGGUUCAGUGAGCACUAUCGGUAGCGCUGAUAGUUCCGAAAGGGUGCUGGGAGCUGUGUCUUUAGCAUUUGCUGCACUUGCAGCGUUAGCAGUCACUGCCUUAUUACUAGUGCUUAUGGCCAAACGAAGUACUCUGUGGUCAUGCGGUGGACAAGUGGAUGACGAAACCCGCAGAUGCAGACAUUCAGCAGCAAGCACAGAUAAGUCUGUGUGUCCCGAACAACAGAAUUUACGAAACUGCCAGCACGAUUACAAACAUGACAAGCUAUCGCCGGCAUCAGAUGUCUAUGAAAUAAGUCCAUACGCAACUUUUGCUGUGGGGGGAGAGACCACUGCGGCUACCUUGGACCACACCUUGCAGUUCCGCACCUUCGGGCAUCGGGAUAAUGAUGCACCGCCUCACAGACCUUGCAGGAAACAUCCACAAAGACAUCGCGAUAGAGCUGAUGUUGAGAAGCACCAUUCAGAAUGCGAGUUACAACACCUAAGCCGAUACGAAAAGGUGCGGCCACGACACUGCGCGGGAACAUCUUACUGCGUUCCUCUAUCGCACCAUGGUGCAGGAAGUGCUGCCGGAGGUGGAAGUGGAGGCGGGUUUUCAGAGGUUUAUGCUGGUGAUUCUAGCGUGGAGUCUGGACCGGGUUCUUUGUCGCCUCGCACUCACCACGAGCACAGCUAG